AUGCAGAUUUUUGUCAAGUCGGCAGCCGGCAAGACCAGCGCCAUUCAGGCCUCGGCGCAGGAGACUGUCGCCAGCCUCAAGUCAAAGGCCGGUGUCUGCGAUGGCACUCUCUUCUACGGUGGCCACUGCCUCUGCGACGAGGCCACCCUUGCCGAUUACGGCCUGCAGCGCGAGAGCACCAUCCAGGUGAUGCUUCCCGUUGAGGGCGGUAAGGGGAAAAAGAAGAAGAAGAAGGUCUUCACGAAGCCUAAGAAGCCGAUCCACCGCCAUAAGCUGGAGAAGAUGCGGGCUCUCAAGUACUUCAAGGUGACGGAAAACGACGACGGCUCCUUCAAGGUGGAGCGCACCCGGGACGAGUGCCCCAAUCCGGUCUGCGGAGCUGGAGUCUUCAUGGCUCAGCACAAGGAUCGCAAGUACUGCGGCAAGUGCCACCUGACGUACGCGGCAAAGUAG